AUGGGGGCUGGGGUUGUGAAGGCCCAAGAACAGUGGGCACACCCAAUAAAUAUUACUACUACUACUACUGCUGCUGCUCAAUUCUCUCCAAAUUCAGAGGAAGGCCUCUUGUUGAGCAAUCGGACCAAUAUGUCUUGUGAAUCAUGUGCUGUACAGUUUACCACUUUUAAACGAAAGAAAACUUGCUACCAUUGUGGGCGUCACUUUUGCUCAUCUUGUUGUCAACGGCAAUGGAAUAAUAUUCAGCUGAAUCGACAGUGUCGGAAAUGUCAAAUCCUAACUUCGGGUAACUUCACACGCAACGACCUCAUGCAGUGGAAAGUGAAAGACCUGCAGGUGUUCCUGCGUAAGAAAAACAUCUCAACAAGCACAUGUACAGAGAAGCACGACUUGGUUGAACUUCUUUUGCGGCACUUUGGGAACUAUAUUGAGUACCAGACUAACAUAGACACACAACUGGAUCAACAGAAUUCCCAAACAGCCCAUGUACCUCCUAGUAGUAAUAACAGUGAUUCCACAGAAGGCAGGGCUGGUGAGGAUGUGCAACCCUUAUCAGGGUCAUCAUCAUGGAAUAGCAGCAAUGGGAGUCAGAGGCAGACUCAAGAACCUGAUGUAGAUGUACAGAGUGCAGUUUCACCAAAUUUUUCACCGUCCAAACCCGCCUAUAUGAACCUUGAUACAUUUGAGAACAUUGAGGCUGUAGCCAAUUUGACAGUGAAAGAGCUGAAAGAAAUUCUGUCAUUCCAUUUUGUUGAUUACAAAGGUUGUGUAGAGAAAUGGGAAUUGUUGGAUAGGGUGCGGAGAUUGUGGGAAGAACAAAAACAACAAAAAAAAGAUCUUGAAUCGCCAGUGUCAAAUGAGGAAGAGACAUGCAAAAUUUGCAUGGAUGCCACAAUAGACUGUGUCCUGUUGGAAUGUGGCCAUAUGGUGUCCUGCACACAGUGCGGACGUAAGUUAAAUGAAUGCCCAAUUUGCCGUCAGUUUGUGGUACGGGCUGUCCAUAUAUUCAAAGCCUGA